GAGCAUAGAAAUUAAAAUUGUCUGUGCAAGCUGUCUGUCUGAAGGUCAGGUACCAAAAUAUUAGCAUCAGAGACAGGAGAGAAAGAGGAGCAUCCUCUCAUCUUUUAUAUAUUUUUUUGUAAAUCCUGCACAGAGCUUCCGUUUGUUUUACCAACUGUGAGAGCCUGUGCAGUGAAGGUUAUUCACACAAGUCUCUCCACACAAGUCUCUCCAGUCUCGUCUAAUGUCAGCAUACGGCCAAUAGCGCUCGUAGUGACGCUGCAGUAGGUUGGCCCUUCGCUUGCAUUCAUAAACGGAUAUGAUAGCUAAGCGUUGAAUGUACUACUGUAGCGACAUAUACACAGUCAAGUCGGACCAUGGCGGAAGAAGACGACACGAGAAUUCGGAUUUUACAAAGCCUGCGGGGAAAGAUAUGUGAAGGCAAGAACCUGGGUCCCUGUUCGGGGCCCAACCGACAGCGUGACCUCUGCACCUUCUGCACCAUCAGCCUGGACCAGGAGGAGGUGUUCCGGACCAAGGUGUUUGACAAGAGCCUCAGCCCUUUCUAUGGCGAGGACUUCUACUUUGAGAUCCCACGACCAUUUCAGUGUUUGUCCUUCUACGUAUUCGCCAAGGGUGUUUUUCAAAGGGACCUGCCUGUCGGGAAAGUGUCCAUCCGGAAGGAGGAACUGUGUAAAUUCAGUGGGAAGGAGCACUGGUUUGGCCUGCAGCCCGUGGACCCGAACUCUGAAGUCCAGGGAAAGGUCCACCUGGAGAUGCGUCUGAAUGAACUGAUCAUAGAGAACGGCUCCAUGUGCCAGCAACUACUGGUCCGGAUAAUAGAAUGCCAGGGCUUGCCUCUGAUCAGUGGACAGAACUGUGACCCGUAUGCCACGGUCUCGCUCGUUGGGCCUGCCAGGUUUGACCAGAAGAAAACGAAGGUGAAAAAGAAGACCAGUGACCCUCAGUUUGAGGAAACUUUUUACUUUGAGGUCACAAGGCCCAACAGUUACACAAAAAAGUCUCAUUUCCAAGUAGAGGAGGAAGACAUUGAAAAGCUGGAGAUCAAAGUUGACUUGUGGAACAAUGGGAAUUUGGCGCAGGAUGUUUUCCUUGGGGAGACGCGGGUAUCUGUCAAGAUUCUGCGAAAUGACCACAUUCACAGGGCCUGGUAUCUCCUCCAGCCCAAAGGGAACGGGAAGUCCAAGACAGACGACCUGGGCUCUCUGAGGCUCAACGUAACCUACACCGAGGACAAUGUGCUGCCAUCCGCCUGCUACACACCACUCCGCACGCUGCUGCUCAAGUCCCCAGACAUCAAGCCCAUCUCGGCGUCAGCGGCCCACAUUCUGGGGGACAUCUGCAGGGAGAGGUAUGAGGCGGUGCUACCCGUGGUCCGCCUGCUGCUCCACCACAGCCGCCUGGUGUCCUUCGUCUCCGCCAUCGCUGCCCUGGAGCUGGAGAACACUCAGGAGGCCAACACCAUUUUCCGUGGCAACUCCCUGGCAACACGCUGCAUCGACGACAUGAUGAAGAUUGUAGGGCGGAGCUACUUGACGGUCACCCUGAAGCCUGUAUUGGAUGAGAUUUGUGAAUCAAACAAAACCUGUGAGAUUGACCCGAUCAAACUGAAAGAGGGAGAUAACGUUGAGGUCAACAAGGAGAACCUGCAGGGGUACGUUCAGAAGGUGUUCUCGUCCAUCACCCAAUCCAGCUCCAGCUGUCCCCCGCUCAUGUGUGACGUGUUCCGCUCGCUGCGUCAACUGGCCUCCAAGCGGUUCCCAGAUGAUCCUCAUGUCCAGUAUUCGGCGGUCAGCAGCUUCGUGUUCCUGCGCUUCUUUGCCGUCGCCGUUCUCUCGCCACACACCUUCCAGCUCCGCCCACACCAUCCUGACCUAGAGGUCUCCCGAACACUCACUCUAAUCUCCAAGACCAUCCAGACUCUGGGGAGCUGGGGUAGCCUGUCCAAAAACAAACUGUCUAGUUUUAAAGAAUCCUACAUGUACGAUUUCUUCAAAUCAUUCCAAGAAGACAAAUGUAUUGGAAAAGUAAAAAAGUUCCUAGACGAGAUCUCCUCCAACGUCAGCAAGGAGUCCAGCGGAGUGGAGGAUUCUGUGGUUCUCAAAGAGGGGGAGGUACAGAAGCGGUCCCAGGGAAGGAAACGCAUCGGCAAGAACUUUAAGAAGAGGUGGCUUAGAGUGACCAACAGGGAGCUCUCCUACCACAAGCACAGAGGGAAAGAGGCACUCUGCAUUAUGCCUGUGAAGAAUAUCCAGGCUGUGGAGAAACUGGACGAAAGUGCCUUUAACCGCAAAAAUAUGUUCCAGGUGCUCCACAGUGAGAAGCCGCUGUACGUGCAGGCGGGGAACUGCGUGGAGGCCAGUGAGUGGGUGGAGGUGCUGAGCCAAGUGAGCCGCUGUAACCCGGACCGCCUGGGCACCUUUCACCCCUCGGCCUUCUUGGCCGGAGCCUGGCUCUGCUGCAGGAGCCUGAGCGACAGCCAGCCGGGAUGCAAACCCUGCACACCUACCUUGCUGGCUAACCUACAGCUGGAUAUCGACUGUGACCGCGAGACGGAGAGAAUCUUCUCCCUCUUCACCUCCAGCUACUCCAAACUACAGAAGAUGGAAGAUGCGUGUGCCAGCAUCGCUGUGUACCAGGGUCCUCUGAGGGAGCAGGACGACUACUCCCUGUUCACCAUCCAGGACUCCAAGGAGACAUUCCACACAGUGCGGCAGAUCUCACACAUCCUGAAGGAGCUGCAGAGAGAGCACGACACCCGCAGCGGCACCGCGCAGUACGGCAGCCAAGAGAAUCCGAUAGUUGGGAAGACAUCCUAACGAGUCUAGGUGGGUCUGUCUGGCCUGAGACAGUCAUUCCAGCAAAUGGCAGUAUGCCACCUGACAUCAGUUCUACACUGGAGCCCCAGAGUGACACAGUCGGGAUUGGCACUGAGAACGGUGCCCGAGGACCAAGAACCCACACCCCCAUGGUCGCGCUCUGCCCCCGCUUCCCCCUCCACCACGUGUGACUGGACGGACGGUCCAGUAGAGCGAAGUGUCAACUGAACCUGGUCAGAAGCUCUCAUUGGUUCAGAAGAGGAGAACCUUGGUUGAGUUUUAUUCUCUAGCUCUCCCCGUCUGUCUCCAUCCUUUUCUCUUUCUCACACACCACUGUUCUAAUCAGAGGAAUAUGUGCUUGCUCUCGUCUUCUACUUGAUUUGCACAAAGACCAUACAACAUCAUUAGUUGGUGUGUUUGUGUGUGUGAAUAGGCUGCUAAAAUACUCCAUUUUAUUCACUCAAAUGUUUUCAAUCUUGAUCAUCAACAAUCAAGAUGAUGCUCUCACAAUCUCUUGGGGCUUCACUGUUUGACGUCCGUUUACGACUAAACAGCAAGCUGACUUUGUUUAUCAUUUUCUAUCAAAGGGUCCACUUAACUUUACUCUUUUCUUCCUCCUCUAUCCACCUCUGUGCUUUGAACAAAUGUAGGUGUUUCAGAGUACAGUUAAGUGGAUGAAACCGAUCUGCCUUAUUUUUAUUAAUGGAUGUAUGUGUAACAAUCUCUCGCAUCCUCGAGUUAGGGACUAAUGCCGACGCACUUUACAUAUUUGGAAUAUUCCAGAUGGCAUCAUUUUAGAUACGUGGUAUCAGUAUACCCCCAUAUCGAUCAGUUCAAUGAUCUCGAGUACCUUCUCCUUUCCAUUCCUGUACAAUAACAUUUAUAGCCUGCAGAUUUUAAUAGCUAAUUUUCUUACACCAAAGACGACAAUAUCGUAAGGUCGACUUGGAAAAAAAGGGUAUAAAUGUAUUUUGAAUAGACUUUUUUUAAAUGGAGAGAAAUACAGUAUAUAUUUCGUUCAUGUACAUUUUGGUAACUGCAUUGUUCCUCUUUUUAACGAUUUAGACGAUUUGAUUGAGUAACGUUCUAAUGUUCUCUGGAAAUGCAGAGGGACCGUGGUCGGUAGUCUAGAAAUGUCUGUCAACCAUGUAGUGAUGUCACUGCAAAUCAAUCACAACAAGCUAGACAAUCCCCCUUCACUUGCCAAUCUAGCCCCUUAGAUCCUCAUCACUGGCCCACAUUAACUGGUAGUCAAAUGUGAUUGGAUAGAUCUACAAUCAGGCAAACGCACAUAUAUUAGUUAGACCCCAUUCAUUGUUUUGUGUGUUUUUUAGACUGAGGACAAUUGCUGUGUUCAUAGCCAAGAUGGUAAUUUCCCGUUUUGAAGUCGUAAAUACCGGUUGGAUGCAUUCACGUGCUUUGAACUAGUUGAGAAACGUUGAUUGGCUAAUGUGCAACAAGUUGCGUCAACCUUAAAAUAAAAGUACAGCUGUCAUGCUUGUAAACAAAUGAUAGUGUUCAAAAAAACAUAGAAAUUGAUUUAUUUUUAUAAAUAAUGUUUUAUUACAUUUAACUGCCAAAAAUGCUGUUAUCAAGGUCAUUUCCUUAGUAGGUGACAGGUCAGCAUGUGGGAGAAGUCUGAGCUCAGGGAUGAUAGAUGAGCUUCCCAAUAGUAUACUGAACAAAAACAUAAAUGCAACACUUUCAAAGAUUCUACUGAGUUACAGUUCAUAUGAGGAAAUCAGUCAAUUGAAAUAAAUUCAUUAGGCCCUAAUCUAUGGAUUUCACAUGACUGGGAAUACAGAUAUGCAUCUGUUGGUCACAGAUACCUUAAAAAAAAUGGUGUGUUGAUCAGAACCAAUCAGUGUCUGGUGUGACCAACAUUUGCAUUGUGCAGUGUGACACAUCUCCUUCGCAUAGUUGUUCAGGCUGUUGAUUGUUGCCUGUGGAACCAUAACCCCACUGCUACCAUGUGUCACACGUUGACAUCUGUAAACCGCUCACAUAAUUUCAUACACACUGUCUGCCGUCUGCCCAGUACAGUUAAACCGGGAUUCAGCCAUGAAGAGCACACUUCUCCAGUGUGCCAGUGGCCAUCGAAGGUAAGCAUUUGCCCACUGCAGUCAGGUCAAGACCCUGGUGAGGAUGACGAGCACGCAGAUGAGCUUCCUUGAGAUGGUUUCUGACCGUUUGUGCAGAAAGGAUUUGGUUGUGCAAACAGAGUUUCAUCAGCUGUCCGUGUGGCUCGUGAUGUGGAGGUCCUGGGCUGGCGUGGUUACACGUGGUUUGGGGUUAUGAGGCCGGUUGGAUUUACUGCCAAAUUCUCUAAAACAACGUUUUGGUAGAGAAAUUAACAUUAAAUUAUCUAGCAACAGCUCUAGUGGACAUUCCUGCAGUCAGCAUGCCAACUGCACACUCCAUGGCAUUGUGUUGUGUGACAAAACUGCACAUUUUAGAGUGGCCUUUUAUUGUCCCCGGCACAAGGUGCACCUGUGUAAUGAUCAUGCUGUUUUAAACAGCUUGUUGAUAUGCCACACAUGUCAGGUGGAUGGAUUAUCUUGGCAAAGAAGAAAUGCCCACUAACAGGAAUGUAAACACAUUCGUGUAGAAAAUUUGAGAAAAAUAUCUGGGAUAUUUUAUUUCAGCACAUGAAACAUGGGACCAACACAUUAAAUUAUUUUUUUCAGUGUAAAUACGAGUUGGUUUUUUAAAGUGGAUUUUCUUCCCAGUCGUAUAUGUGGUAAAUAUCAACGUUUUUAUCAGGGAGGUUGAAUUUUGUAAUGAACACAGCAUUAGUCCACUUAGUCGCUCCGUUCUUUAUAUUUUAUCAGUCAACCCGUAUGAACGACAGUUAUGAACGCAGCAUUAGUCCACUUAGUCGCUCCGUUCUUUAUAUUUUUAUCAGUCAACCCGUAUGAACGACAGUUAUGAACGCAGCAUUAGUCCACAGUCGCACCGUUCUUUAUAUUGGUAUCUGUUAACUCGUAGGAACAACCGUUUGUUAAAACAGAUGCCUAGAAACUUGAGCUUGGAUCAACAACAAGAAGGGAACGUGUAACACAGUUAGUACAGGGUUAACCAUGUUUCAGAUAUUUUUGUUUGGCUUAUGGAAAUAUUUCCUGUCAGAAGUUGUCUUUGGUCCGUCGUAAAUUUCUAUCAUGCAUGUUCUGUAUAUGUACAUUUCUAUCAUGCAUGUCCUGUAUAUGUACAUUUCUAUCAUGCAUGUUCUGUAUAUGUACAUUUCUAUCAUGCAUGUUCUGUAUAUGUACAUUUCUAUCAUGCAUGUCCUGUAUAUGUACAUUUCUAUCAUGCAUGUCCUGUAUAUGUACAUUUCUAUCAUGCAUGUCCUGUAUAUGUACAUUUCUAUCAUGCAUGUCCUGUAUAUGUACAUUUCUAUCAUGCAUGUCCUGUAUAUGUACAUUUCUAUCAUGCAUGUUCUGUAUAUGUACAUUUCUAUCAUGCAUGUUCUGUAUAUGUACAUUUCUAUCAUGCAUGUCCUGUAUAUGUACAUUUCUAUCAUGCAUGUCCUGUAUAUUUAACAGUAUAUUUUUUUUAGAGUACCUUUUUGUAUGUAUGUUUAACACAGCAAAACAUAUCUGUGUUGGUGCGUUACGGUACCUUGUUAUUUGUCUUCAGUGGUACUAGGAAGCUUGCUGCUUUUCUUCAUGUCACAGAGUCUAAUGUAUGGUAGCGUGCUGCGGAGUCUGUCUAUAGCUUAUGCAACGUUACGGAGUUUAACUUUGUCUGGAGCACCAGGGUCAUGUUCAUUAGAGCACGCAUUGGAAACUUUUUGCAACGGGAAAAAAAGGAGCCUCUACCUGUUUAGUCAGUUUUCUUGCGUUUGGUGCCUAAUGAACGCGACCCAGGUUAGGUCCCACCUGACUUUGUUUGUCAGUGGUUUUGCUAAAGGCUCUCAGGCCUCAUGGUUCUUGUCCUUAGUCAUUCUAAUGUGUAGGGAAAGAUGUCAUCAUGAGUUGGUUCAUUGAUUUUCUUUCACUAAUCUCAAAACGUUUUUCAAUCAUGAGGGAAUUUUCAAUCACUGCAUCUUCUCUUCACCUCACCUCUGACAGUCAGAUGUUUUAUCAUAAUGUGUCUUUAACUUUGUCAGAACCUUUUUUCAGACCCGUGAAUCCAAACGUGCAGUGGCCUUACUAACCCACCCACACGCAAAGAGAACUUGGGGUGACAAUUGUACAAUGUACAGGUUGGCUUGGUCAAAUGGGAAUGGUACUGUACGUUCUAGGGGUUUUGUUGCUUUGAUCACAGUAUAGGUACAAGUGACACUGUUACCAGUCAACAGGGCCCUGUCAUUUUAAAAGUUGGAUAAUUUAACAUAACAUGGGAAGUCAAGAGUUAUGGUUAGCAGUCGAUCCCUCGACAGGCCUUCAUGUGAACAGUAUCUGUGAAGUAAUCGCCAUGACAUCAGCAAUCUUUCGAAUGUUAAAAUCAAUCACUGCAAAGAGAAUCGGUUGUUUUCAUAUUUCAAACCCGUAAACGUAUCAUUGCAUACAGGACUGGAGUACAUAUUUUUGUUGUUGCUUUUGUUAUUUAAACAUUUUUUGAUUAUUUUUCACAACCAGAAAUUCAAAUCUUAUCUCUUGUCUUUUGUUUGAAAUAAUUUACAAUAAAAAUGUUGCCAACCCUUUCA